CAAGGUAGUUGCUAAUCUUAUCGCUGUCUAGGUGCUGAGGGUGCUGUCUCGGUCAGACCACGUGUGUGCGGAAAUGUCUGGCACGUGACGAUAAAGGCGACACUGCUGAAGUCACAGACACAGGUGACAGUCCACAAAGGCCGGUGAAAUAACCAGAAGCUGUGGACGGGCCACAGAACCGAUGACAGGAGAUAGUCAUCACGUUAACCAACAGGUUUUCUUCACUAUAAACACGGGAAGAAACGCAACACGAGUGAGGAAGCCAGACACAAAAUGACAAGAAAUUGAAGGUGCAACUAACUCUUAAGCAAAGUCAUACAGUUAUAAAAUACAUGCUAAAGAAUUAUUAUAAAUAAUUGUCAACAUUGGGACACUUCUGAGCUCGCUGGAGACUUUAGAUACUUCAGGAUGUCGGGAGAGAAAGAUGCAACUGAAGCUGCCACGAACGAGAUGAACGGAGCAGUAAAGGAGAUGAUGAUGACCUUGAAGACGAUACAGACAGAGGAGGAAGGUAAGGCAGGCGAGAAGGUCACACCGUGCAGCAGUGAGGCCUUCCAGACCCUCCUGGGGAAGGUGGGAGACUACGGCAGGUGGCAAUGGCGAAUAUUUUUCAUCACAUCUUUCUGCGGCCUCUUCAACGCCUUCCACAACCUGGCUGCCGUGUUCCUGUGUGCCAGUCCUGACCACUGGUGCCAGGUGCCAGGCCUGGAGGGUGUCAACACCACCCUUGACCUCCGCAACAUCUCUAUCCCAUGGGAGGUGGAGGAGGGCGGGGGUGCGGGCAAGUACUCCUCCUGCAGCUACUAUGUCAGGGACUGGGACCAGCUGGUGGCGAGCGGCGCCCUCUCUGGUGAUGCCCUCCCGGACCUCCCGACCAAUGUCUCCACCACCACCUGCCACCACUGGAACUACGACCACUCCAUCUACAAGACCACCGUUGUGGAGGAGUGGGACCUGGUAUGCGACAGAAGGUACCUGGCGUCCAUGGUACAAUCGACCUACAUGGGCGGAGUGCUCGCUGGAGCUAUCAUUCUCAGUGAGCUCUCAGACAAGUUUGGUCGCCGCACCGUGUCGCUGGUGUCGUCGUUGGGGCUGAUAGUGAUGGGUGUGGGCGUCACCUUCACUACUCACUAUAUCUCCUUCAUUCUCCUCCGCUUCUUCAUCGCCGCCUUCACGUCCGGCAUCUUCCUCCCCAACUUCGUCAUCCUGAUGGAGGUGGUGGGUCCUGAGGGCCGGACCAUUAUGGGGAUGAUGUACCAGGGGUUCUUCAGCGUGGGCUUCAGCCUCCUGCCAGCCAUAGCCUACUUCGUCAGAGAGUGGCGCUACCUCCAGCUCUGCAUCUCCGUCCCCAGCGUUCUCCUGCUCCUCUACUACUGGGUUCUCCCAGAGUCUCCUCGCUGGCUGCUGGUGAAGGGACGUCCCCAGGAGACCAUGAAGGUGCUGACGAAGGUGGCCAAGGUGAACGGCUGUUCCUCACCCCAGCAGGAGGACGUGGACGCUCUUUUCCAACAGAUAAACAAAGAGGGUGAAGAAGCAGUCCUCUCCUACAAGAAGGAAAUGGAGCAACUGAAGAAUUUAGGACACGAGACAGCCCAAAGUACUACCAGUUCCAACAUCCUGAAGAAGUUCGUCCGCUUCUUUCAAAGUAUAAUCACUCUGCUGAGCACCAGGAACAUGCGCCGUCGGUGUCUGAUCAUAUUCUUCUCGUGGUUCGUGGUGAGCAUGGUGUACUACGGCCUCACCUUCAGCGGCGGCAACAUCAACGCCUCCGUCUACCUCCUGGUGUUCUUCUCCGGCGCCGUCGAGAUCCCUUCCUACUUCCUGGUCUGCUGGACCCUUAAGAGGUUUGGUCGACGUCUCAACCUGAGUGUUCUCUUCACCAUCUGUGGAGCGGCGUGUCUCCUCAUCCUCGUCGUGCCUAAAGACCAGGUGUGGGUCAACCUGACCCUGGCAACAGCGGGCAAGUUCUUCAACUCUGCUGCCUUCGCCGUCUGCUACAUCUAUUCAGCAGAACUGGUGCCGACAGGCGUCAGGAACAUCGCUGUCGGAGCCUCCUCCAUGUUUGCCAGGCUCGGCUCCGCCCUCGCCCCUUUCAUCGUUGACCUCUUGGGUGAGCUGCACUACGCGGUUCCAUCGACGGUCUUCGGUCUGCUCUCAAUAUCAGCAGGUCUCCUGGCUCUCCUGCUGCCUGAGACCAGUCAUACCAGACUGCCGGAGACCGUGGCGGAGGUGGAGGCAUUGAUUAGGUAGAGACCUGGAAAACCACGACCGUCCUACUGCAAGUUUCCGUCGCUUGCAACCCACAAAUAUGAACUAAAUCUUGCAGAGUUUACUAUAUCCCGAGGCCUGAGAGAAGGAUAAAUAGUUACAAUACGAGGUUUAACUGGAACUAACCACAGGAUGGUAAAGUAGAGUUGUGUUCGGACCCAAGCUUAUUUUUAGGCUCUCCCAGGAACAGAAAACGGAGGAUAAACUUAUAUUUUCAAUGCAGAGAUGUUAGACCGAGGUUCGCUGGAUAAGAAAAAGGAUAUUAAAACUUGUUAGUAAA